AUGCAAAUGGCGGCGGUUGAGGCAACUCGGGAAGCGUUUAGAGAACCGAAGGCAAACUCUGCCGAGUUUGAUUCAGACGCUCCGGUGCAUGCGGUGGUGUACAUGCCGGACGUUGACAAGACGCGUAUGGGAGGGACGAUGCGGUUGGGGGUGAGGAAGACGGUGAUCAAGGAUGAUGAUUGUCUUGCAGCGUGGCUGUACGGGGAAGACGAGAUUUAUGAGCGGCAUCGACAUCGGUACGAAGUAAAUCCAGAGGUGGUAGGGAAAUUAGAGAAGGACGGAAGAGUUCGUUUCGUAGGGAUGGAUACGAGUGGGACGCGGAUGGAGAUUUUGGAGGGGCAAGAUCAUCCGUUCUUCCUCGGUACACAGUUCCACCCAGAAUUUAAGAGCAGACCGGGGCGCCCCAGCCCACCGUUUGUCGGGCUGGUCAUGGCAGCGGCGGGGAUGCCGCUCGAUCGGCAGUCGGUGGAGAAGGUUGUCGGCUCGAUUAGGAGCCAAGAUCCAUGGCGGGACGUGGAUGAUGAAGGAACGCCGUGCUCGUAA